CGUAAAAUAUAAAAGGCUGUUUGCGUGCGGACAGCGAAAGGAUCCUGUCCAAGUUUGCCAUGGGGAGUACAGGCUUUGGGGCUGCGCUGCUGACUCUGUUGCUGCUGCUGCAGCCCACGUCUCAGUUCUGGCUCUUCAACGUGCUCUUUCCACCCACCUCUACCCCAGAAGCGCCCCCGACCAACAGCACACCACCCGUGGUACUCGUGCCUGGGUGCCUUGGGAACCAGCUGGAAGCAAAGCUGGACAAGCCAGAUGUGGUGAACUGGAUGUGCUACCGGAAAACUGAGGACUAUUUCACCAUCUGGCUCAACCUCAAUACGUUCCUGCCAGUGGGAGUAGACUGCUGGAUCGAUAACACCAGGGUGGUGUAUAACCGAACCUCUCGAAAAAUGUCCAAUGCCCCUGGGGUGCACAUCCGUGUGCCUGGCUUUGGCAAGACCUAUUCUGUGGAAUAUCUGGAUCAGAGCAAACUGGCAGGUUACCUGCACACACUGGUGCAGAACCUGGUGAACAAUGGCUACGUGAGGGACCAGACAGUCCGGGCAGCUCCCUAUGACUGGAGAGUCGGGCCUCAUGAGCAACCUGAGUUCUUCCAGAACCUCAAGGCGCUGAUAGAAGAAAUGCAUGAUGCAUACCAGCGACGUGUCUUCCUCAUCGCACACAGCAUGGGCAACCUGCACGUCCUCUACUUCCUGAUGCAGCAGACUCAAGUCUGGAAAGAUCAGUACAUUGGCGGUUUUAUCUCCCUGGGUGCCCCUUGGGGAGGAUCUGUCAAGCCCUUGCGUGUCCUGGCCUCUGGUGAUAACCAGGGCAUACCACUCAUGUCCAACAUCAAGCUGCGUGAAGAGCAGCGCAUGACCACUACCAGCCCCUGGAUGUUCCCAACAAGCCUGGCCUGGCCCGAGACUCACGUUUUCAUCUCUACGCCCACCUACAAUUACACCUACCGGGACUACCAACGCUUCUUCACUGAUGUCAACUUGGAGGAUGGCUGGUACAUGUGGGAGGAUAUGAAGGACUUGUUGAAGGACUUACCCCCUCCUGGUGUGGACACCUAUUGCCUCUACGGUACCGGCUAUCCCACCGUGGAAACUUACAUAUAUGAUGAGCAUUUCCCUUAUGAGGACCCUGUGGACAUGAUUUAUGGGGAUGGGGAUGAUACUGUCAACACACGCAGUUCUGAGUUGUGCAAGCGGUGGCACAACCAGCAGCAGCAGAAAGUGCAUGUUCAGGAGCUCCGAGGCGUUGACCACCUCAAUAUGGUCUUUAGCAACCUAACACUGAGUUACAUCAAUGACAUUCUGCUGGGGAGUCCGCAGGUCGAAGCUGGCACCAAGGAGCAGGGAGAGCUGCGGUGGAAGAGAUCCAGUCCAGAGCCAGGGAGGGGGAAGAAGGUCCCACCUGGACGCAGAGCCCUGAAGGAGCCCAGAAAGAACUGAAAGACACAGAGGCCUGCUUUCCUCCAUGGCAGUACCGCCACGCGCUGCCAUGCAGUGAAGCAAAGGACUUGGAGCUGAAUGUUUGUGAAAAGGAGCAAGACCAGCAGCUCAGGGGGACAGGCCAGCAUCCAUUUCCACACCAAUUGUUUUUUGUUCUGGGAAUGGUGAUUCAUUAGACUUCAGAGGCUUGUCACUUCACACUAGCAGAUGGAUAAUUAACUUCGCUGCCAGCUCAUUAAUACCACACUCACAGAUUACCGUGUACACGCAACCCCUCAUUGCUA